AUGACAAUAACCCUCCCAACCCCCUCCUCAAUCGCAUCCGCCCACACGCUCAUAAAACCCUACAUCCACCACACCCCGCUGCUCACAAACCGCACCCUCAACACCCUCGCCUCGACCCCUCAAACCCCGGAAUCGCUCAAGGACACACCGUACGAGGGUCAGGAACCUGCCCAUCCGAAGAUCCGCUUCUUCUUCAAAUGCGAGAACUACCAGCGCAUUGGCGCGUUCAAGGCUCGCGGCGCAUUUCAUGCGCUCCUCAGGCUUGUUGAGCGGGAGGGCGAGGAGGUUGUCAGAGCGCGCGGGGUUGUUACGCAUAGUUCUGGAAACCACGCGCAAGCCCUCGCCCUCGCAGCCUCAACCCUCCACAUCCCCGCAUACAUCGUAAUGCCGCGCAUCAGCACACCGUCCAAGAUUGCCGGGACGCAGUCGUAUGGGGCCGAAGUGAUAUUCAGCGGGUCGACGAGCACAGAGCGGGAGGCUGUCGUCGCAGAGGUUCAAGCACGGACGAACGCGAUCCUCGUCCCGCCGUACGACGACUACGACAUUAUCUGCGGGCAGGGGACAACGGGACUAGAGAUGGACGAGCAAUAUCGCGAAUUGGUAUCGGCGAAGCCGGAGUUGAGUGUUCACUCACACCCAGACUCGGACCAUAGCAAGCGGGGACACCUAGAUGCGGUGAUUACGCCCGUUGGAGGCGGGGGUCUGAACGGGGGCGUGACGACGUUUUUCUCGGAUAAGGAGACGAGGGUCUUUGGUGCGGAGCCGAGUUUCGAGGGUGCGGAUGAUUGCCGGCGGGGGUUGGAGGCUGGGGAGCGGAUUGAGGCUGUUAAGAGUCUGACGAUCGCAGAUGGGUUGAGGACCCCCGUUGGUGUGUUGAACUGGGCGAUUAUUUCGGAUCCGAAGAAGCAUAGUGGGGUGUUUGCUGUUACCGAGGAGCAGAUUAAGGCCGCGAUGAGGCUGGUGUUGGAGAGGAUGAAGGUGUUUGUUGAGCCGAGUGCUGUGGUAGGGUUGGCGGUAUGUUUGUAUAAUGAGGAGUUUCGGAAGUUGGUUGAGAGGGAGGCGCCGGAGGGUUGGGAUGUGGGUGUUGUUUUCAGUGGAGGGAACACGACUGUUGAGGCUAUUGGGAAGUUGUUUGGAUGA